AGCCCAUACUGCAGGGCAAGAGACACUUCUGAGUCUCCUCCUUUCUUCUUACUGGCGACUCCCAGGCCUCCACUCUAUAGCCUCUGCAAGCCAGGUAUCCAGGUAUCAGCUAUGAGGGUCCCGUUUCUUCACCUUUCCACCGCCUUUGGCUCCUUGUCCCCGGUAAAGCUGCUGCCGCCGCUACUGAUGGUGCAACUCUGGGCCGCACAGGCUCAGGUGUUCCCGGAAAACGACACGCGAGUGGACCUCGAAGCCUUCAGCGCCCUGUGCGCGCGUGACUCUCCUCCCUGGCAGGUCUCCCUCUUCCAUAACCUCCAGUUCCAAUGCACGGGAGUCCUCGUGGACCAGAACUGGGUGCUCACGGCCGCACAUUGCUGGAGAAAUAAGUCUCUGAAGGCUCUAAUUGGGGGUGACCAAUUCCAGAAGGGGCAACUGCGGUCCACGGAGUCCCCUGUUUUCCACCCCAAGUACCAGCCUUGCUCAGGUCCCAUCCUACCACAACACUCAGAGGAACACGACCUCAUGCUGCUGAAACUGAGCAGUCCUGUGAUGCUGACGUCCAGCGCGAAUCCUGUGCGACUGCCCAGUGGGUGCCCUCAGCCAGGGAAACAGUGCCAGGUCUCAGGCCGGGGGACCAAGGCCCCCAGAAGAGUGAAGAACAAUAGGGGCCAGAGAAUUUCCACGGCAAUUCUCCUUAGCCGGGGGCAGUGUGAGACCUUCUACCCGGAUGCAAUCACCAACAACAUGAUUUGUGCUGAGCCGGAGAGGGACCAAGACUCUUGCCAGAGUAACUCCGGCAGCCCCCUGGUGUGUGACGACACCCUGCAUGGCGUCCUCUCAUGGGGUGCUUACCCAUGUGGUGGUACCCGGCACCCGGCUGUCUUCGCCAAGAUCUGCACCUAUACCAACUGGAUCCGAAAUGUCAUUGAAUUCAAUUGACGGCUUCUCACACCCUCCAUCCCCGCUCCAUCUGCCCACCCUUCUCCUCCUCUCAUGCCAGCCCACACCUCUAAGAGUGUACCCCCUCCUCUCAGCCCCUGCUCACCCCUGUUCUCUGCUCGCAAAUGCAGAAAAUGGUGGCUGAGAAAGUUCUAGUACCCCAAAGAAGCUGGCAGUCCCCAAGUCUCUAAGAGAAUUUAUCUGUCACUCAACCUGGCUUCCUUGACCUCCCUCCUCUGUGUGGCCGGAACAA